GGGGCCGCGCGGGUCACGUGGUGCCCGGCCCGGAAGCGCUCGCGCUGGAGACCCUCGGGUGACCGGGCGGAUGCUGCAGACUCCUGCGGGCUCCCGCGUUCCCCACCAUGGCCUGGACCAAGUACCAACUGUUCCUGGCCGGGCUCAUGCUUGUCACCGGCUCCAUCAACACGCUUUCGGCAAAGUGGGCAGACAAAUUCAAGGCCGAGGGCUGCAGAGGAAGCAAGGAGCACAGCUUCCAGCACCCCUUCCUUCAGGCAGUGGGCAUGUUCCUGGGAGAGUUCUCCUGCCUGGCUGCCUUCUACCUACUCCAGUGCAGAGCCUCAAGACAGUCAGACUCCAGUGUGGACCCCCAGCAGCCCUUCAGCCCCUUUCUUUUCCUGCCCCCGGCCCUCUGUGACAUGACAGGGACCAGCAUCAUGUAUGUGGCCCUGAACAUGACCAGUGCCUCCAGCUUCCAGAUGCUACGAGGUUCAGUGAUCAUAUUCACAGGCCUGUUCUCAGUGGCCUUCCUGGGCCGGCGGCUGGCACCUAGCCAGUGGCUCGGCAUCCUGGCCACCAUCGUGGGGCUGGUGGUCGUGGGCCUGGCUGACCUCCUGAGCAAGCAUGACAGUGAGCACAAGCUCAGCGAAGUGAUCACAGGGGACCUGUUGAUCAUCAUGGCCCAGAUCAUCGUGGCCAUCCAGAUGGUGCUAGAAGAGAAGUUCGUCUAUAAACACAAUGUGCACCCGCUCCGGGCAGUGGGCACAGAGGGCCUCUUCGGCUUCGUGAUCCUGUCGCUGCUCCUGGUACCUAUGUACUACAUCCCUGCUGGCUCCUUCAGUGGAAACCCUCGAGGGACCCUGGAGGAUGUCCUGGAUGCCUUCUGCCAGAUUGGCCGUCAGCCACUCAUUGCCCUGGCACUGUUGGGCAACAUUAGCAGCAUUGCCUUCUUCAACUUUGCGGGCAUCAGCGUCACCAAGGAACUAAGUGCCACUACCCGCAUGGUGCUGGACAGCUUGCGCACCGUGGUCAUCUGGGCCGUAAGCCUGGCUGUGGGCUGGGAAGACUUCCACCCGCUGCAGAUCCUCGGCUUCCUCAUCCUUCUGAUGGGCACUGCCCUCUACAAUGGGCUGCACCACCCGCUGCUGGCCUACCUAUCCCGGUGCUGGCGCCCUGCACAGGAGAGUGAGCGCGAAAGACUGCUGGGUGGCAGCCGGACUCCCAUCAAUGAGGCCAGCUGAGCUUCCCUGAGGAUCUCUGCUGCUACCCAGUGCUCCCUCUUCACUCUGAGGCCUCUUGGGCUGGUGGGCCUUGAAUGCCCUGCCUUUUCCCUGUGACCCCCCAAGGCAGCUGCUGACACAGAAGAUGACGUGACACCUGAGUCCUCUUUUCUCCCCACUGCCUACAGGAGGGUGUGACCCAGUCCCUCCUGCAGCACUAGAGCUAAAUCAUGAACUUUAAUGGCAGGAAUUUACAACCGUGGUAUUUCUGAAUCAUAAACUAGAUUAUUAAGGUAGAUUAUCUAGCUUAUGAGUCAUCUAAAGAAGGGAAGUUGAUGAGCAAGUUCAAAGCAGAACUAAGGACCGGAUUUUCUAAAAUGUGUAAAAUACUUCUUAAACCUGUCUGGAGAACUGGUUUUAACCCAAACUCUGCUGCAGAUUCAGUAAGUGCUCCCUAGCCCGUUAGCUCUGGAAAGUGGGCGUCCACACUGUGGCCUUCAGUGCCUUCUGGCCUCAGCAUCCUGUGGGCCUCUGGUGUGGACAAUGCAAGACAAGAAGCAUCCCUGUAUGUCUCCCCUUCUUGUGCCUGUCCUGAUAAUCUCCUUAACUCUCCUCUGCCUCCCUGCCUGGGAAUAGAUCGGAGAGCAAUUCCAGGCAGCCUUUGAUGAUCAUUUUAUGAACUUCAUUUUAAAGAUGAGGAAAGUACUGUUUGGGUCUCCUGCUGUCGGCACUGGCUGGGAACCUGGGGGAACCUUAGCCAAGCAGCCACGUGACUCUGUAGCAAAUGGGACCUGAGGCAUAUCUGGAUCCCAGCCCCAUCCCCAGAAACCUGGGUGCCUGGAGAACCCCAGGAUGAUGGACUUACUAGGAUGCGUAGAGUUAGUCACUCACGUGGGAGGAGACCUUUGAGAGAGAGGCCCACAUGCUGUGUCCCAGGGCUCCUGGGCUUCCCUGGGCCACUGUGUCCCAGGGAGAAAGAAACAGGCAGUGGUGGUGGAGACAAUGUUACAGCUGCCUUGUCUAAAAACCUGGAGCAUUAAAAUGUUAUUUUAAACUUUACUUUUUAAAAAGCAAUAGAAAAUUGGCGGUAUUGGGCUUUUUCUGUGGUGAGAGGAAAGGGGCACAAGAGGAUUCCUGGGAGUGGCGUCCAGAGUGUGGAAAGCCCUAGUGUACUAAAAGCUUAGAAACCUCCUAGGCUGCCUUCAUUUUCUCGGAUAGAGACAAUAAAACCUACAGAGUUGAACUUCC